AUGAAUGGUGCAAGUGGGGAUGCUGCCAUCCUGCAAGAGAUUCUAGCCAGUCUCAAGACCAUUCAGCAAGAGAAUACUCAUCUGGCUGCUGCUGUUGAUGCCAUCAAUGGCCGAGUCAAUAUUCUUGCUGGCGUCAAGCAAGUCAAAGACAUGACUGUAGAUCCCACUGCCGUAAAACACAACAAGCAGCCUCCGGCAGACCCCGUUGUCCCCCCUCUUUCAGAGAAUACUCCCUCCAGUCCUGAUCUGUCUGCUAUGUCAGGAUCUGGUCGUAGAUCAAGUGUCACCUCCAAGAUCAUCCUUACCUCAUAUCCAGGCCAGGCUGGUGUUGACCCUCUGCCUAUGGACUGGGGCAACAAGGACCCAUCUCUUCGAGGUCCUGUGGUUGUUUCAAGGAACCCAAGUUCGAUUCGAAGACGCAAUGCUAUUGGUGCACAUGGCGGCUCCUACGCGAUAUACAAUGCACUCGCUGUAGCGAGCAAGAAUCUUAAUACUGAUCACCGCCCGGAUUUUACAAACACCGAGCCAGCAGCCAACAUUGGACCUUUUCCACAAUGGUCCGAUCCCAAGAAGAUCGUUGCCAUGGAUCCGCUAGGUCAUCUUUCCCCGUGGCUGUUCAAAGACAUCAUUCAAAAGGAAGACGUCGAUAUACGACCUACCAUUGCGAUCACCAAGGCACACAUGAGAGUUCCCGAACUUGAAGAGAGUGUCAAGGCAGGUAGACUGGUUCCAGAUGGCAAGAUCUGUCUCAACGCAACUGGCGAGCUUGCAGUCACGAAGUUCGCCGUGGAGCCGGUUUGGUACCUGCCUGGAGUUGCGGAACGAUUUGGUAUCGACGAAGGCACUCUAAGACGUUCUCUUUUCGAGUACACCGGAGGUUCAUACCCUGAGCUCAUUACGCGAGGAGACAUCAAGACCUUCCUGCCUCCCAUCGGAGGAUUGACUGUUUACUGCUUCGGUGAUCCUGCGAAGAUGUCUGACCCGAGCGUCAAGCUCGCCCUGCGCAUCCAUGAUGAGUGCAACGGAUCAGAUGUGUUCGGCUCAGACAUCUGUACAUGCAGGCCUUACCUAACAUUUGGUAUCGAGGAAGCAGUUAAAGAAGCUCAGAAUGGUGGCAGUGGCGUGGUCAUUUAUUUCAGGAAGGAGGGCAGAGCGCUUGGAGAGGUCACAAAAUAUCUUGUAUACAACGCAAGGAAACGUGGCGCCGACCGCGCAAGUGAAUACUUCAAGCGCACAGAAAACAUCGCCGGAGUCAAAGACAUGCGCUUCCAAGCACUCAUGCCAGACAUUUUACAUUGGCUCGGUAUCACCAAGAUUGAUAGAAUGUUGAGCAUGUCGAACAUGAAAGGUGUGUUGAGAUUCAAGGGGAUGUUGACAAAGUCGCCGAGACCCAAGCUGCGAAUCGACUCCUCUUCACCUCAAUACACCCUGCAUGAUGCUAUUGUUGAACAGGGCAUUCCGAUCCACGAGCGAGUUGAACUGCCUGACGAGAUGAUUCCUGCCGACAGUAGAGUAGAAAUUGAUGCCAAAAUAGCUGCAGGGUACUUCACUAACGGCAACGUGAUGACGAUGGACGAGCUGUCGAACGUCCAGGGUCGCGCUUGGGAGGAUGUCGAUAAGCUGGGGUCUUAUUGCUUCUCAAACUUGUCGUUGGUUCACAUCAAGGAGUCGCCAGAGAGAUUCAUGCAUGCAUGA